GUGUGUGCGUGUGUGUUUCAGAUUGUGUACUUCACGGCGACCUUCCCCUACGUCGUCCUCAUCAUCCUGCUGGUCAGAGGAGUCACACUUCCUGGAGCGUAUGAAGGCAUCAUGUACUACAUCAAACCUGAUUGGUCCAAACUGGGCGAGGCUCAGGUGUGGAUCGACGCUGGCACACAGAUCUUCUUCUCCUACGCCAUCGGGCUGGGAGCUCUGACCGCUCUGGGCAGCUACAACCGCUUCAACAACGACUGCUACAAAGACGCCUUCGUCUUGGCUCUAAUCAACAGUGGAACCAGCUUCUUCGCUGGCUUCGUGGUGUUUUCUAUUCUGGGCUUCAUGGCUGCUGAGCAGGGAGUCCACAUCUCACAGGUCGCUGAAUCAGGUCCCGGUCUGGCCUUCAUUGCGUAUCCGAAGGCCGUGAGUCUGAUGCCGGUGGCUCCUCUGUGGGCGGCGCUCUUCUUCUUCAUGCUGCUGCUGCUCGGCCUGGACAGUCAGUUCGUCGGGGUCGAAGGUUUUGUGACUGGGAUCCUGGAUCUGUUUCCUGGAAAGAAUCAGUUUCGCUACAAAAGGGAGAUUUCUGUGGCUGUCUGCUGUUUACUGUGCUUCAUCAUCGACCUCUCCAUGGUGACGCAGGCGGGGAUGUACGUCUUCCAAUUGUUUGACUACUAUUCGGCCAGUGGAAUCAGUCUGUUGUGGCAAGCAUUCUGGGAAUGCAUAAUAGUUGCCUGGGUCUACGGUGCGGACCGCUUCAUGGACGAUGUGGCUCGUAUGAUCGGGUACCGACCGUUCUUUUGGAUGAAGUGGUGCUGGUCCUUUAUAACUCCGUGUGUGUGCAUGGGCAUCUUCAUAUUCCACCUGGUGAACUACAAGCCGCUGACCUACAACAACGUGUACGUGUACCCGUGGUGGGGCGAGGUGAUCGGCUGGUGCAUGGCUCUCUCCUCCAUGCUCUGCAUCCCCGUCAGUAUUCUCUACAAACUCUUCAGAGCCAAAGGGACUUUCAAAGAGCGCUGGACUCACCUGACCACACCGGUGUGGGGGGCCCACCACCUGGAGUACAUGGCCCCCGACAUCAAGUCCCUGACCGCGCUGUCCCCCGGCACCGACGAAAACAAGGUCAUCAUCUUUGAGAGCGUCAUGUAGGCCGGACUCCACCACCUCCACCUCCACCCAUCCCACCGACGACAAGACGGCCGACACCUCUGCCCGCGACCAGACCUCAGAGUCAUCGAUCGGUCGUUUCCUCGGAUUAGCCGAUCGAUGUCCUCCAAACGUCACCAGGCAGACCAAAGCUCCGAAGAUCUUUCAUACCUGUAAGAGAAUAAAGCAGCUCCUCCAGGAUGUUUUUUAUAAUCACAGCCACAACUUCCUUUUGUUUUUCGCCAGAUUACGACAAAAUGUGAGAUUAAAACCAGCAGAUUACUCGGUUCUUUAACUGUAAAAGGGCUUCGACUCGUCUGGUUCUCGAUACGGAAAAUGUAAAUAUUAUUCUCCUUGACUAUUUAAAGGACGUCAUGCAAAUUUUUUCACACAACUUCAAACCCUGGAGGGGCUGAAGAAGAAAGAUUUUCACUGUGUUCAGAAAAAACAAAACGCUACUGGGCUUCCUCCAUGUUGGAUGAAUAUCAAUGCAAUCUUGUCUUUGGGUGGGCGGGUUGGACACGCAAACACACACCUGAUAGACGGCCAUUACACUCACACACACUGCCUCAUUAAUACAACAGGGACUGGUGCUGGAGUCUAAACUUGUGGGUAAACCUUUUGUCACUUUAUGGUGCUGUGUGUGUGUAAUGGCUGUAACACAGAGUUGUAGACAGACAGACUGACUGAGCCCCACAACAUCCCCAGAGGUCGUUUGUGUCGUAACAGGAUUUAAAAGCGCUCUUCAGUCCGCUGGUCAAACGUACGACGGCACCUUCACUUUAGUUGUCGAGGACAAUUGGAAAAGUUUCCACUUCCGAGUUUCUUUGGUGAACUUUCGGUAGUUCUGCAAUCUUUUUACCUCGUGACUAAACGUUUGGCAGCAGGACUGAAGGCGAGUUCCUGUUAACGGUGCAAACGGCGGUCCAUGAACUCACCACGCUGCCAGUGAGCCCUGAAUGCAUCACCAGUUCGGAUGUCUUACAGCCUGUUUGUGAGCACUUUCUGCGACAUUCUGAUUGUUAUUGAUCUAAAUAAAUAAAACCCCUGAUGGUUUGUUUGUAUCAACGCAGCUCGUUUUCGAAGCUAAAUGCUGUGAAUGAUCCAGAACACUCCUGAGCAGCGCAAGGUUUCCCGACCGCCGACCUCCGACCUCCGACCUCCGAUCUGUUUCCGACAGUCACUCCGAGGCUCCAGUGAGAAUUCAGUCAUUGCUCAUUUUGUUGUUUUCAUCCUUCAUUAUAACUAAAUAUAUAUUUUUCUUAUUCACUUUCGAGAAGCCUGAAUCAGGACACAGUUUACAUGAUGAAAACAAGAAAUUAAACUUGUUGUUCACGAAGCUUUCAACCACAACUCUUGGGCUUCCUCCACGAAAAUCUGCUUCAAGCUCAAGUCCAGUUUUCCCUGAAUGCAAACAAAACAAUUAAAUAUUUGACAGAAAUCUUAAUUUAAAGUCCACUUAGUUGCUAAACCCGGAGACUAUAAGUAUAUGAUCAGCAACGAUCUUGAUAAUAGAUUAAUUGGCGAACCAUUUAUCAAGAAGCUGAAUAUAUUUGGACAAAACAGGAAAUUGAGACAUUUUACAGACUAAUUGUAUUGAUCGAUUAAUAAAAAGAAUAAAACUGAAGCUACACUGAAUCUGACCUUUAAGAGGUUCAGGCUUGUGUGAGAAUCGGGUCAAAGGUCGGCUUUAUUGUGCGACCCCCCGGGUCGACUGAAGUGCCAAACGGAGCGGUACUGACCCCAGACCAGGGCUCUAGGCUGCCAAUUUCAACCCGUCUUCUUCUUCUUCUCUGCCUCGUCUCAUCAAUAGCGCUGAGGUCCUCCCACCAAACAUCAGCUCUCCUCCUCAACAGCUGAAGAAAACCAGAAAACACUAAGAACUGGUUUCCCGGGUUACAAAAACUGUCCAAUUACAGGACAUGAUUUCACUGAAUGACCCUAAAACGGGUUCUUCCCAUACGCGUUUGUUUUGGACUCUAUUUGUAUGUAGAUAUUAAAAAACGCAGCAAAAUAAAUGAGAAACUUUUCUGUCCCAAGAAGAUUUUGAUCGGAAGUCCCAACAAAACUAUUAGAUAUUUAACGGGAUCUUUAUCAAAAAUGUUUGUUUGAAGAAUAUAUUAAAACAUUUACAAAUUUGCUAAACGCUCAAAUACAGAUAUUAGUAUGAGCCUUAAAAGUCCAGUAUGGGUAAUCCCAGUAGGACCUAAAACUUUACUUUAGAGCAGUGGAUCUCAAAGUGCUUUUUACAAAAGUAUUCUAAGUUCCAUAAUUUCUCAAAAGAAUGAGGCUACGUCAAAUUAUUCCAAGAGAAAUACAUGAAAAUCAAUUGAGAACCGCAACUCUCACUCGACUUAAUAAACAGACACCAUGUUUGUUAUCAGCCUGAGAAACGAAGAAGAGGUUGGAUCAGUUUUCACCCGCAGUCAGCUGGUGGAGAGAUGAGAGCCUCAGGACUCAGCCUGAUGCCAAGCGUUGCCUUACGUCGUUGUCUUAACUCUCGAGCCCACACGGUUGACGAGCCAAACGCAGAGCCCGACAGGGAGUCCUCCUGUGCACGGCUCUGGUUUAUAGCCCACCAAUCAGCAGUCUGCGGGGGCGUGUCUACAACUCUGUCUCCUAGCAACCACUCACAAUCACCUAUCACGGGGAAACAUAACGAUUAGAAUGUAAAAUAUAUCAAAAAUACAUACAUUUGCACAUUGUUGUAAAAUAAUGUUGCUGGCACUUUUAAAAAUAAUGGUGUUAGAAUCGUGUUUUGUUUUACAUAUUGUAAAAUGAAUCAGAGAUUUAUUUUGUGGAGGCUUUUAUUUUGCUGAUACAUACAGUAUGACAGAUAUAUAUAUUGAAUAUCUUCGUGCGUUAAUCUAUAUUUGAUGCAGUAUGUGAUGAUGAUGAUUUCUGGCUGAUUGUUCACGUUUUAGCCGCCAAACACCAGCAACGGAGCGACGCCGGCUGCGACCAACUCGAGCUUCAGGCUACCUCACUUCUCAUUCAAACUUUCAAAAUAAACUUAUUUUAGCUUUUUUAUGCAAAUGUCUUGUCAGCGGCGGCGUCGGCUGGCAGCAGGAGAGGAUUCUGGGAAGUGAAACAUUUCCCUCCUCGGCCUGUUUCACGUUGCAGCUUUAAAAGGUCUCCAGUACCAAUAUAAAUAUGAUAAUCUGAUAAUCUGAUAAUCUGACUACGCAGGAUGCAAAUUUUACAGCUGUGAAUUUAAAACGGAGACAUUUUUGUCUUUCUACAUCCCUAAUGAAUAAAAGUUUUCUUCAUUAGCACACGUUGGUGCUGUGAGUUCUUUAAAUGGUGUCUGACCGGCUAAUGUGAACAAGCAGCGAGAGGCGGGGCUUUCAUUUUGGCGGAUUUUCUGCGAUACAGUGACGUUAAGACUUUGUGUGGCUCCGAACACACCACGAAAGGGAAUAUUAUUUUUCUUUCCUCUUUUUGAUUUCAAAGUGCUCAAGUGUUUUGAAGAGCUUUAGAUUUAGAUGAUUUAUUGUUUUUCUGUGUGUUUUAUUGAAUAUCAUUGUUCGUCCUUAGACCCCCCCCCAUCCUCACGGCUCAGACUCAUAUUAUUAUUAUUAUUAUUAUUUCAAAAUAAGACAUUUUUUAUCUGUUGUCUCAUUUCAUAAAAUAGUUUUCCACAUAUUCUACAUUAUGGAAUAUGGGUGAAAUAAUAUAAUGUUAAGUUUGAAAGUGAAGCAGUAUAACUGCAGACCAUUUAAAACAAAUAUAAAGUUGUUAGUUUUUGAUGAAGCAGGCAGAAUAAACCACCUGCAGUAGUAAAGCUACCUCAACAAGGUGAGUGUUGGUCCACCUGGUCACAAAUCUGCAGUAAAAAUACCAACAAGAUCAACAUGCAGCAGAAAAUAACAACUACAUUUCCCAGCAGUCAGUGGGAGCUUCCAGACACCAAUCACAUCCAAACACCUUGAUACCAUAUAUGGUAAACCAGUUAAUGUGGGACAUGACCAUAUAUGGAGAGUCCUUGUAGCCAAUCAGCUCAGUCUGCCAUCCUGUCUGCUCAAAUCUAAAAAGUGAGUGAAAACAGACUAAACUGAAUGUUGUUCACCAGCCAAUCAGAGCCUCUGCUGGCUCAUUAAAGAAUCGUGACGACGAUUAAAGACCAGACCAGCCUAUUACUUUAUUUAACACCACAUAUGUCACGUUAGAGUUAUCGUGAUUACGUCUAAACACGUCAACAUCCAGGUCGUAAUAAUUAUAAUAAUUAUAAUAAUAAUAAUACAAAACUAGAAGGACACUGAGUUUGACGUUUAAGGUAAUUAAACCCAAAUUUAAUGGAUAUAUUGUUUCAUAUAAUGAUUAUACUGUCACAGUAUUUUUUAUCCCUCAUACAUUCAACUCUGUAAUAAUACAACUGUCUUCAGUUGUGAGAUGAUUUUAACAAUUCAAAGUCCCAAAAAACGUAACAAUAUUACUGAAAAACAUCAGUUUAAAAUGGGAACUAAAGAUUUUACAGUUAAUUAACAGUUAAAAAACAGACUAAUCAAUGAAUAACUCUCAUUAUGUUGAUUUAAAGUGGCGAUGAUUAAAACUAGACUACAGAUCAAAUGUUGUUGUAGACGUGCCACUGAUUUAUCACGAAUAAACUAACCAGAUUUUAUAGAAACAUUAACACGGAUCAAACUGACAUUUUAGAAUAUUUAAUUUUUUUAAGUAAAUUUGUAUCAUUAUGUUUUGUUUUUUUAAAUGUCUGAAGCCUGGUGGGUCAGAGGGGGAAAGUAUACAAAAAGAACUACAGCCAUUUCAGACAAAAUAAGAAAAAGAUUCAACUUGAAGAAAUGAAAAUGUACAUUAUCAAAAUCUGAUGCUUCACGUCAUUUUGUCUUUGUGCUCUUCUGCCAAACACAAUCCUUGUGACAGAAUCUUUGAUCCAAAACUGGAAGGACGGAACAGGAAAUCAGAUUAAUUACCAAAAUAAAACUGCAUAUUAUUCACUCUGCAGGGACGGACACACAGGUGUACGUCAAGGUGAAUAAUAAUGUUUAGAGACUGAUCUGGGCGAGUUAUAAAGAGAUAAAAUAAAUACAAUUUAACAAGUUAUUGUGCACAUAACAUUUGAUGUUGUUGAAAGUUGUGUGCAGAAGUUCCUGAAUUGAAUUUACUUUAUCUUGUUAAGUGUUUGAAAAAGAUAUUUUGUGUGAACAAGAUAACCUAAAAGAUAUUAUCUUAAUAAUUUGAAAGUUAAAAACAAUUAAUAUUAAUUCUUUAGGAUAUAUACUCCCAUAGACAUAAAAAACUAAAUUUACAAGUAAAGUUAUUGGACAGUUAAAUAAAUUAAUAAAAAGAAAAAUAAUUAGAAUAAAACAUUUAUUUUGGUGGAAAGUUUAAAAUAAAUAAUCGUCGUGACUUCAGAGUUUCUAAAAUCCUGCAGACGGUUGAAGAAAUGUGGUUUCCUGAAUCUAAAACUCGUGUUUAAAGAAUCCGUCCGUCCACGACGGCUUUGAUCAUCGAUUCUGUCCGACACACUUUCACCGUCACCGUGGUUUCCCUCAGAGCUCCUGUUUCCCCGAAACCCUCCUGCUGUCCUCAGACCGGAGUGGAUUUCACUCUCAGCUUUCUAAAGUAAUUAAACAUUUUAUUUCAGCUUAAUUUUACUGUAGAUAAAUAUUGAUUUAUAGGGUCAUUUUUUGAAAAAUAUUGUUAAUGAAUUUAUAGCCAAAAACAUUGCCAAAGUGUUUUUUAACCUCCAAAAAUAAUAAAAACAAAAAUAUGGACGCUUAAAGGGAAAAAGAUGCUUUUUUUUUGUUUGUUUGUUUCUGUUUGGUUUCUUAUGAUCACGAGAAACGAUAUCGCUGGUGCUCCUGAAAAACUAAAUCUUUGAUUGUGAUAUUCAACAACUUUCUUACCUUCAAAUUUUUGGGAAGCUUAGGUCGGCUCAGUGGAACCAGCAGGUUCCUCCGAUGGGAACUCCCUUCGUGUUUGGGCUGGAAACCCCGCAGGUUUAAAACCACAGCUGGACGACGAGAGGAAACUGAAGGUUUCUUUGAACAAAAACAUCAAAGGAUUCAUCAGGAAAACAAUUAAAUUACAGACGUUAGACACGAUGUUCGUGUUUAACUGAAGUAAGUAGAUGUGAAAUGAGGUUACGUUAAAACAAAAAUGGUAUCAAGUUGCUAACAUUAUACUUGCAUCCCCCCAAAGCAUUAUGGGAACUGUAGUUGGUCUACAGUUUAGCAGAUGUUUGUUACAUCAAGACUUGAUAAAUGUUUUACAAAUGUUCCGUCGACUCAUUGUUUGUAAAGAGAUUGUGUUUUUAUUGUUAUUUCUGUACGAGCUUCCAGAAAACACAAACUUUUUAUCUCUUUUCUUUGGUGCUCAAGAUGUUUUUGUGUUUCCAGCCCAAACUCAGCUACACGGUGACCUCAUCUAUCCCGCCGUCGGCCAUCUUUGUUGUAACUGUGUCUGUGUGACUCCCUGUAAACCUCCAGUCUUCCAUACAUAACUGUAGAUUAGAGACAAUCGAUUAGAAGGUGAUAAAAGUAGCUUAAUUAAUGAGUAGCUGUGUACUAACGACACUCGGGGCUCGACGUUAACGAGUCACCAGCCAAAAAAAAUAAAAAUAACUCGCCGACUCGUUCGAUGUCAGAGUUAACGUUGAGCCCUGAUGAUGUCACCUGUGUUUCAUUGACCUUUGACCCCUGUGAGGGUCUCCAUGCUGUAAGCCACUGUGAUCACUGUGCUCAUUCAACACCGACUAAAACAACGGCAAUAAAACUAACGUCAUGACAAACAGCU